UUCACCGUAUAUUAUGGGUAGUAAUUCAUAUAAUAUAUUGAGUUGUAACAAAAAGCAUUGCACAACAAAUAUUAAUUUAUGUGGGGGUGCUACUUAUUGCUGUCCAGGCCAUAGGAUACGCACGUAAUUAUAAAGUCAUGUUGAGCAUAAAAACUAUGAGCAUAUGUUGGAAAAAAAAGUGCACAUAAAUACAAUUUGUUUGGCUCUUCCGUAGAUGGACGAAGGUUAGAAGGUCAUUGGUCCUCUGUCGACCAAUCACAGACGAGUUUACUCACUCCCAACGUAAACAAGGAAGUAGACGCUAAUGGCUUGGUUCGCUGAGUAGUGAGUACUGUAUUGUAGUGUUAACGAUAAUAAAUUGCUCUGCUGUGAAUUUCACGGACAAAUGUAGUCGUUAUAGGUUAUAGGAAGACAGUCUCUCGAUGAAGCUAAAUAUCUGAAAUUCCUUGAGUCACAGGGUGCAGUCACAUGCUUUCUUUCCUGUCACAGCUGCUAUGGCCAUAAGGAGUGUCCCCUUAUGGUUCGUCUUGCUCAGAUCUGCCAGUGAUGAAUCAGAGGGCCUCCUCGACUUGCUCUGAGUUCCCGUCCCCUGCAGAUGAAUUUAUGGACGACUGGCUCGUCGUCUCUUCUACCUCAGCUGGUUCUCAGAGCCCGGAAGGGAGUAGAGAAGAGACAGAGGAAAGAAGCAAACUCACAUCCAAGUUGGUCUCAGCGUGGAACAGUGUCAAAUAUGGCUGGUCCUUAAAACAGAAAUCUACUUUCAGGAAGACCUCUCCUGUGAUCAUGUUGGGAAAUUCAUAUAAUCUUAAUGAUAAAGGUCAGAGUGAGCGUUUCCACCACUCUUUCGCGUCUCUUCUGUGGUUGACAUACAGACGAGGUUUCCCUCAGCUGCCAGGCUGCUCACUGACCACUGACAGCGGCUGGGGCUGUCUUCUCCGCACAGGGCAGAUGUUGUUGGCGCGAGGGCUUCUUUUACAUCUUAUGCCACAAGGCUUGACAAGCUCUGUUAGCCACCAUGUGUUCAAAGACGACAUGGAUCUCCCAGAGAUCCGCCCUGAAACCACUGGAGUGUGUAUACAAAAUUCCAAAGGGCUCAGCAAGAGGGGUCGAACACUGAGCUUGGGUUCCCUCUUGGACAGACGCAUGGAGUCCACACACAGGAGGGUGGUGUCAUGGUUUGCAGAUCACCCCUCGGCUCCCUUUGGGAUACACCAGCUGGUGGAGUUAGGCAAAACGUUGGGGAAGAAGGCAGGGGACUGGUACGGCCCCUCCAUCGUGGCACAUAUCCUUAGGAAAGCUUCUGAAGCAUCAACUCUUCCUCCCAAUCUUGUCGUCUAUGUUGCCCAAGAUUGCACCAUCUACAAAGAGGAUGUGAAAGCACUGUGCGGGCCGCCUUCUGGCAUCCCAGCUGAAACUAUUGCGCCGUGGAAGUCUGUCAUCCUCCUGGUGCCUGUGCGACUUGGAGGACAAGACCUCAAUCCUGCCUACAUCGCCUGUGUGAAGAAACUCUUGAAGUUACAAUGUUGCAUUGGUAUCUUCGGGGGCAAACCAAAGCACUCCCUCUUCUUCGUUGGUUUCCAAGAUGACCAUCUGUUGUACUUGGACCCUCAUUACUGUCAGCCCACAGUGGAUAUAACAAAAGACAACUUUCCUUUAGAGUCAUUUCACUGUAACUAUCCGAGGAAAAUGCCUUUCUCUCGCAUGGAUCCCAGCUGCACCAUAGGAUUCUAUGCGAAAGGCCAAAAGGACUUUGAAAUGCUGUGCAUAGUUGUUGAUGAGGCGGUCUCCACAGCUGCAGAGAUGUACCCCAUGUUUAUUUUUUCAGAAGGUCACAGUCAAGAGGAGGGGGAGAGCAAUACCCCCACCAACAACCUCACUUAUAUCAAGAGGAAAAAUGAGCGAAGGAGAGUCAACACUUGCAACAGCAUGGAUGAGUUUGUUCUGUUGUGAGCCCCCCAUUAGAUAUGGCCUGAUAGGGUACUUAGAGGUCACGGAUGAUGAGCGUUAGAUCAGUGACGCCACACAUCGUUUUUACUGCUGUUUAUUUUACACUGGUGAAGCUUGGUAUAUUUUUCUAAUUUCCAAAACCUACAGCGAGCAGAAGCACUCGUGAAGGAUAGAUCCAUACAAUCUGUAAGUGUGACUGUGACAAAUGCAGCCUUUUGCUGUUUGAGGACAUGUGACUUCAUAUGCGGUCUUUGCGCGGAUUAGAAAAGUGCUUCUAACCAGCAUGUGACGUGCAUUUAAGUUACCAGGGAUGUAAAGCACAGUGUCCUCAAAUGUGACUCAGGAAAAACAGUAACUCUCAGUGUCCAACACAUUCUGAUUGUAUUUCAUCAGAAUAAAUAAACAAUGUAAAAACUA